AUGGUAAACAAGUCCGCGCGGUGCGCGAACAAGGCCGUUGAGAGCGCGUCUGCACGUCUCUGUGCGGACGCCGAAGCAGAAACCGCUGCAACCGAUGUGUCAUCGGUUGCCAUUGCGUCUCAGUCUGUAUCUCCUGGUGACGCAGACGCUCGUCAUGAAGACACUCAUGUCUUCACAGAGCAUGAGCUCGAUGUCUCGUACUCUCCUGAUACGGAAGAGGGAUCCGUAUUGAAGGCGGUUGAAACCAAGCGUCCUGUCAAGCGUGGCAUGGAUGAUGCUACACAUCGUAGCAUGUUUGGUUCGUCUGACGAAUCAGAUAAACCACCGCCAAAGUGA